AUGUACGCCUUCACGGCCUCGCGCUGGCAGGUCGCCACCUACCUGUUCGGCGUCGCCCUGUUCAGCAUCUCCUUCCUGGUCUUCCUCAACAGCACCCUCUCGUUUGUCAUCACCGACCGCAUCGGCCGCAAGCAUGGCGUCGGCGAUGCUGUUGGCACCCUGGGCUUUGCUGACGAGCUGGUUGCUCUCGUCGGCUGUCCGCUGUGGGGCAUGGUCAGCGACCGUGUCGGCGUGGCAAAGGUCGCCGUCGUCGGAUAUGCCAUUGUGGCAUUGAGCCUUUUUCUUUUCGUCCAGGCCUCCAAUGUCUAUCCCCAGCUGCUGCUGGGCCGCCUGCUCUUCGCCCUUGGCGCCUCCGCAACCACCACCAUGGUUACCGCCGUCCUUCCCGCCAUGACACACGUCCUAGACCGCCCCUCGGACGCAGACCCCGCAUCGCCCAGCAGAGAUCCCGACGGGAACAACAUUGCGCCGUCCAUUUCGUCCGAAUUGACAAUCACCCCGGCCCGUCUCAACCCGGCCUCCUCACAUCCCUCCAUUCGCAGCACGCCCGGGAACUCCGCCGCGUCCACCUCCAACUUGGCAGGCCUUGUCGGAAUGUUCACCGGCCUUGGUGCGCUACUCGCCCUAGGUGUGUUUUUGCCGCUGCCCGCCCGCUUUCAGAAGAGCGGCGUUGCGCCCAGCGAAGCCGUCGAAUACUCGUUCUACGUCGUCGGGUCUGUGGCCUUCGUGGUCGCCUUUGCUUGCAUGAUCGGCCUGCGGCAUCUCCCUGGCGAAGAGGACAAGAGCUGGCGCGGCCUUUUCACGGUGAAGCAGAAGGACGACUCAACUUCCGCGCCGAUACUCCCGUAUCCGCGACUGCUACUAGAAUCCCUAACUCUUGGCCUGAGUGAUGCCAAUAUCGGUCUGGGCUAUUUGGGAGGGUUUGUUGCACGUGCAUCCUCUGUCGCCAUCUCGUUGUUCAUUCCGCUGUUCGCCAAUGCCUACUUCAUUGAGCAUGGCGACUGCAAGCCCGGAGAUGGGAAGACUUCCGACGACGUGAAGAGGAAUUGCCGGCGAGCUUACCUCGUCGCCUCUGCAUUGACUGGCACUUCACAGUUGAUAGCCCUCCUCUGUGCGCCUGUGUUUGGCUACUUGGCCGGCCGAUACAAGAGGUACCACCAGCCAUUGAUACUCGCAACUCUCUCGGGUGUUGCGGGCUACAUAGCUCUCGGCCUCCUCAAGAGUCCAGAUCCUCAGUCCGAGGACGGCAGUGCUGGCGUCUUCUUCAUAGUCGCGCUCCUCGGCAUCAGUCAGAUCGGUGCAAUCGUAUGCAGCCUUGGGCUGCUCGGCCGCGGCAUCCAAGGCGACGAGGAGGACUUGGAUGACGAUGCCGCCACGGACGAAAACGAGCGUCCCUCCGGCGGCUUCGACAUCAGCACGCACAUCCAGGGCGCACCCCCCAGCGGCUUCCGACACGCGGCUCACCACCUCGACCCCGACGUAACACCCGUGCCUUCUCCCAACGUCGCCUCGCCGCGCGACCCCUUACUCGGCGGCGGCGGCACCUCCGCCACAUCGACCCCCCCGCGCCGUCACCUCGGGACCCGCAACAGCAGCGGCGGCAGCAGCAGCAACAACAGCAACGGAGCUCCUUCCGGCGGCGGACACGGCUACUACUCCGAAUCCUCACCGCUACUCCCCUCGCACUUCCGCCGUCUGCCGCCGUCCCGCAACCGUUCGUCCAACCGCGCUCACCUAAAAGGCUCCAUCGCCGGCGUGUACAGCCUGGCCGGCGGCGCGGGCAUCUUGAUCCUAACCAAGCUAGGCGGUCUCAUGUUCGACCGCAUCGACCCCGGCGCGCCGUUCUUCGUCAUGGCCGCGUUCAACGUCAUACUUCUGGCGGCGGUCGUGGCGAGUGCCACUAGGAGAGUCGUUAAGGGGUGGAGGACGAGGAUUGUCAUGCCGUGA